UCCCAACACACACUUUGCCAGCUAUCUGAAUAGAAAUAUUAAAAAUGCCAAUUGGUGGAGACGACUUGAAAGACUUUAAAGAACUGAACAAAAUUCCGAAACGGAGUAAAACUUACAUGUAUGCCGGAAUUAUGCUCACUGUCAUACCUGGCAUUCUACUAGGAGGCUACAUGGGCAAGAAGUUAGCCCAAUUCCUUGAAAUAUUUGAUCUGUACACGCCCGAUAUUGUGGAUGACAAUGAAUGGAGUAAUAACCAUGGCACAGAUUAAUCUCUAUAUGGUUAACCAAAAGAAUUUAGAGCAAACCUGUGCCGCAUCCUGUUCGUAUAUAUGCUAAUGGGCCAAAUCAAACAGGCCAAACGGGAUGCUAGGAAAAGAAAACAUAACGCAAACAACUGCCCAGACCGGUAACCAAAUUUAAGUCAGGCCAAUAACUCCACCAGAUCGUUUGAAUUAUAAUUACGAGUUCAAAUCUUUGAAGUUUGUUUUAUCAAAUAUAUUCUUUAGAUACGCGCAAAGUAUUUAUGAAUAAAAUGAAUAAAAGGUG